AUGAGCAACAUUCUCCUCGCAGCUGUUUAUGCCGCCCUCGUGGCUGGCGCUCCUGUGCCCCAGGCCAUCAGUGGCUAUGGCAUUUUGCCCACCCCUGGCGCCGGUGGCGAGGGUGGCCUUCCUUUCCCCGUCCCGACUCCUGGAUCCGGCGGCUCUGGCUUCGGUGGCCUUGGCGGGGGCCUGGGUGGUCUCGGUUCCAUUCCCACCCCCACGGCCGGUGGCCUUGGAGGCGGUCUCCCGUUCCCGAUCCCCACUCCCGGCGCUGGCGGCUCCGGCCUCGGUGACCUGUCCUCGCUUCUUGGUGGCUUGACCGGCGGCCUUUCGAUCCCUACACCAGCCGCUGGCGGAUCUGGCUCAGGACUCGGCGGACUGGGCAGCUUUGGCGGCCUUGGCUCUGGUGUUAUCCCCACAGGCACCUCUGGGUCAUACGGCGAUGUCGAGAAGCGUCAGCUUAGCGGAUUGAGCGGACUGGGUGGACUGGGCUCUUUCUCGGGCCUGGGCGCUCUCCCCACGGGACUUUCCCUGCCGACACCUGGCGCGUCCAGCGGCCUUGGCUCUCUUGGGAGCAGCAGUGGCCUCGGAUCCCUCGGGUCUCUGGGUGGGAGCAGUAGCUCGGGUAGCAGUAUUCCUGACCUCGGAUCUCUCACUGGCGGCUCAAGUCUAACUGGUCGCCAAGCAUCUGAUACGUCGGGCCUCAGCACGCUCUUGGGUGGCUUGUCGGGCGGAAGCUCAUCAGGCUCAAGCUCGUCAGGCUCUUCUGUUCUGAGCGGCCUUUCGCUGGGCGGAGAGUCUACUUCGAACGGCCUCGACGAGGAUUGCAAGGCGGCAACUCUCAUCUUUGCUCGUGGCACCACCGAGACGGGUAACAUGGGAAGCGUUGUCGGACCCGGGUUCGGAAGCUCUUUGAAGGAGCAGCUUGGCGACGGCAAGGUGGCUAUCCAGGGCGUCGACUACGCUGCUGAUGCCGCUGGUAUCGCCACCGAGGUCACUGGUGGCGCGGGAACCACAGCCAUGGUGGCCGAUGUCCAGAAGGCGAUUCAGAAGUGCCCCGACACGCAGAUCAUCCUUUCCGGGUACUCUCAAGGCGCCAUGCUCGUGCACAACACCAUGAACAAGCUCACGGCGGACCAGGCCAAGAGCGUCAAGGCUGCCGUCACGUUUGGCGACCCGUUCAAGACGCAGGCUCUCAAGAACAUUGACGCGAGCGCUUUCCGGACCUUCUGCGCCAGCGGCGACGCUGUCUGCGGCGGCGGAUCUACUUCUGGCAGCGCCGGGUCUGCUUCCACUUCCGGCCACUUGGGCUACGGCGCCGAUGCCGACACGGCCGCCCAGUUCGUCAAGACCAAGGUUACCGUCUAA